GUCAAACGAAAGUCUGCGAUGGCGGAUACAGUUGUCUACAAGACUCACAAGCCGGUCACAGGCAAUCUGUUCCUUAAAAAAGGAAUCGAAGUAUAUUUGGCAUCUCCAAGUUUAGAGUCACCAAAUCUAACAGAACCCGAUUCAUCAGCCCUUUCACCCAAGCCUGUCGGUCUGGACAAGAGAUAUAGGGCCAUCCAGUCGACCCCAUCAAUGCUAGCACUUGGGUCAGAGCCAGAGCACAGAGCUUUAUCACGGGCUGCAGACUCACACAACGUUAUGGAGCAUGAAUUGACAGGAGAUAUCAAGGUUGCUUUAGGGUCGAAGGAAAAAGCACAUGGGAUCCCAGCCAAAGAGACAGCAAUGCGUCUCAUGGUGCGUAGAAAAGAACAGGCAAACAACGGACCGGACCAUUUCCUGGGCCUACUGAACUUAGUCAGGAAGAAAUGAGAUACUCAAAGCUCUAGCCCCAAGUACAAGCAUGAUAUUUGUAUAAUAUAAUCAAG